AUGAGUGAUUGGACUUCAGAAGAGUAUUGGACUUCAGGAUCAUACUAUGAUCUUGUAUCAAGCGACCGCUCGGAUUCAGAACCAGACCACCCGACUUCAGAAGCCGGUAGCUGGGACUUAGAACCAGAUACUCGAGCUUCAAAGACUAAGGCUUGGGUUCCACGAAGCGCCCAAGGCGAUUCAGAACCAGAUAGUCGUGCUGCAGAGACUGGCUCUUGGGCUUCAUUGGGCGACACUCGGGGUUCAGAACCAGACGGCCAGGCUUCAGAGACUGUCUGCUGGGGUUCAGAACCAGUUAACCUCGUUGUAGGGGCUGAAUGGGACGACACUCGGGCUGACAUUUGGGUUCCAUACAAGUACCACCGGGAUUCAGAAUUCGGCCGUUGCCCUUCAGAACCCGACUGGCCUCCAAGACUUAACCAUUGGUCUGCCAGACCAGCCUUCCGGAGACAUACACGUAUGGGAAGGCCAUCGACCUACGUCUUCGAUUCGAAUGGCGAUACUUGUAUCACUCUCCAUACAUCCAAAUAUCGACCAUUCUCUUUCUCAGGGGACACGCUAUCAAACGUACCAUCUAACGAGGUAUCCCGUAGCGAGUUUCAUGUGUCAUGCGAUUGGGGAGAAGUCGCACACAAAGACUGCGAUGCGGCAUCGGUCGACAGCUCAGACAGCCGACACAAGUACCACGAGUAUGGAAAGAUACCUGGAUCGAGCCCUGGACAAGUCGAAAUCCGAGUCCUAGUCUCAGGAAGGCACCUGAAACUAGGAUCUGAUUACUUUACGGAGCUGUUUUCUUCUCCCAGAGCAGGACAGCUUAUUGGUGAUUCCGGACUUUAUGAGAUCCAAGCACGUGGCUGGGAUCCGGUGGCACAUCAGACGGUACUGGCCAUUCUUCACGGCUAUCACAAAGAUGUCCCAAAGUCACCCAGCAUCGAACUGCUUGCAGAGUUGACCAUGGUAGUCGACUACUACGGAUGCCAUGAGAGUGUCGAGCCACACGCUAAGGUUUGGCUGGAACAUCUGCGGUCCAACUUACCUACAGAGUAUGGAAGCGACUGUAUUCUCUCCAUCGCGAUAUCCUGGGUUUUCGAUGACCAAGACAUCUUUCAAAAGAUGACAGAACUAGUAUUGACACACAGUCAUGGGUUAAUCAAGGUCGAAGAUGAUCGUCUUCCUCUUCCGGACGGCCUUUUGGACGAGAUCAAUGCAUCACGCCAGUGCUGUCUCGAGUUUGUGACUACAGCCAUUCUUGACCUUUAUCAUUUUCUGACAGAGGAUCAUGAUGGUUGUAACACAUGUUCAACUAUGAUGCUUGGCACAUUAACGAAGGAGAUGUAUAAGCUGGGAUGGAAGAACCAAGACGAACGACUUUCACUUCAACAUUUCAGCAUUGAAGAUUGUACACAGCUUAUCGACUCUGUGCACGUGCCUAAGGUGCAUAGUUAUGACGGCUGCAGACGUGGUUCUACCCUCUACGAAACAUUGCUCCCCGCGCUGAUGAAUGCGAAUCAGCAUGUUCCUGUCUUUUGUCUGGCGGGCAAGAAGCCCAUGGAUCAACAGGAGCCCGAAGCUCAACCGGAGCCAGACCCGUAUGCGCAUGACGAGUGGUGA